GGCGGGGAAUCCGCGCGAAGGCGGAUCCUGACGUCGUGGGAUGCCCGAGCCGUGCAGAAACUGCGAUCUUCUGCCUCUUCCCGGCCCGAGGAAAGCGGGAAGAAAUAUCGCAUCUAUUUCUUUGGGGGAUCGCUUCUUGUGGGUGGUGGGUGGAGCGGGGGAUGCGAGGCUCUGAUGCUGGCCACGCUUGCGCCCUGAAGCGCCGCCUGCUCGGCUGAGCAAAAGUGCGCCGCAGGCCUAAGUGGUGCUUCCGAGGAGCAGGAGGGUCAAGCAAGGAGGACCCGGGGAGAAGGACGAGCCUCCAGGCGAGAGAUCGCCGAAAAACAGAACGCGGCAAUCCACCUCUUUCCUCCGAGCUUCGCGGUGCAUCGCUGGGGAUAAAACCUUGCUCUCGCCGUGGAAAGAUAGAUAUUAUUAAUUCGGUUUUACCAAAGCACAUACCAACAUGGCCUCAUGGAAUGGCAGCAACUCAGCAGACAGGAGAAGAACAGGAGAAAGGCGCAGAUCAUCUCAAGAAACGACAUCAGAGGACUUGGUAGCUCAGCAGACUGAGGAGGUGUUCCAGAGCUAUGCUUUCCAUCGAUACCAACAGGAGCAGGAGCAAACUGAGGGGGAUGUGCCAGUUGAUCCAGAAAUUGCCGCAAUUCAGCAGGAGCCAAACAGCAUCAACAGUCAGGUGGGUCGACGCUUAGCUAUCAUUGCUGAUGACAUCAAUGCACGGUAUGACAAGGAGUUUUCUGAGAUGUUGAAGCCUUUGCAGCUUUCCAAGGACAAUGCAUAUGAGUACUUCACCAGAAUAGCCUCCAGUUUGUUUGAAAGUGGCAUCAAUUGGGGGCGUGUGAUAGCCUUGCUGGGCUUCGGCUACAGGAUGGCAAUCCAUGUAUACCAACAUGGCAUCACUGGCUUCCUGAGAAGAAUUGCACAUUACAUGGCUGAAUUUGUGCUACACAAUCGCAUUGCACAAUGGAUUGCUCAGCAAGGAGGAUGGGUGGCAGCACUGGACUUGAGUAAUGUUUAUUGGAAAUACAUGUUGAUGGUAGCAACCGUGAUUUUGCUGGGCCAAUUUGUUCUACGGCGGUUCUUCAAUGGCUGACAGGAAAGGAAAAUGCUGCUGGUCUAUUGCAUAAGAAAGAAAGAUCCAUGAAACAACAAGAGAGGACACGAUGCAUGUUACCAGCUUCUAUUCCACCAGGACAUCUGUUUAUUUAUCCUCUGCGUGGUGAUUCCAAAGCAAAAGAACCUGUAGUUUAGUUAAAAGACGAGUGGAACCAAGCCUGAGGCAGGAUUCAUUCCAUCAAGCAGCCAUUGACCAGCAGUUCUUCAUGGGAAACUCCAGGCAGGUACUCAUGGUAUUGCAGAUGAGAAAAUUAGAUGCACUUUCCUCUGCAAGAUCUUUUUAAGAAGAACAUUCUCAGGAUUAAUUGAAUUCUCAAUCAGCUGAACCUCAUCACCAUAGAAAGAGUAAAACCACAAGGGGAAUGAUCCUUGAUCUCUGCAAAACAAUUUUGAGCAGUUCUGCUCCUACGAGCUGGACAAGGGCUGAAAUAAUUGAGUAAUUAUAGAGCUCUCUGAAUUUAACUGAGAAUCACAUGCAAGGUUAGAUAGGCUAGAUAUGAAUAUAUAUCUAGAUUUUCCAGAGGAGAGAGAAAAAAGUGAUAGUAGCUACAUUAUUUUAUAGGCACUUUUUCCAUGCACUUGAUAAUUGCUGUCUUAAGUUGGUUGUACUAUGGGCAGAGUAGCUCCUCUUGCUUUGAAACAAUAUUGUAAUGACUCUUCUGAGGUGAAGAGAGUCAGCUGCUUGUAAAGAUUAAGAAAUGAGGCUUGCUUCUUUUCAAAGGAUGGUGCUCUAUUUCUCUUUUGAUUGUGGUUCACCUCAAAGGUGGAUGUGUGUUUGGGAUUGGUUGACAAAGAAAUGGGAACAUUUCUUCAGGUUCCAUUUUUCUUUUUCUUUUUUGACAAUCGUUAAAUCUGUCUUACCCAAAGGAUGUACAAAAUGUGGUUUCCUGCUGUCACAGGAGUUGGAAUAUGCUUUCCCUAAUGAAAAAUUGGCAAAAUCCACCAAGUUGAGCAAAUUUAAGGCCAUUUCCUUUUAAAUUAGUGAGGCUUGCUUCUAAGUAAAUAUGCCUACAAUCAGGCUGCAAUCUUGUAUUUAUUUCAGUGAGAGGUUGAAUAUUUUUUUAAAUUUUCCAUCUGAAAUUGGUGGAAUAUAUAAGUGUUUAACAUUAAUUGGAUCAUGCUUAACUAAUUUCCUCCUUGCAUGUUUCAUGAAAUAUCUCAAUGGGAAUACAGAAUUCUUUGUAACAAAAGCAGACAAAUAUGCAAAGCUGACUAUAUGUUCAAAAUAAUUGGUUUUUUCAUCUUGUGGUUUUUUUAUUUGUUUUUUUUUUUAAAAAAAUCCAAAGCCAAUUCUGUUUUUUUUUUUUAUCCAAUACUCUCACAAAUGCCUUACUUUGUUUGGGGUUUUUUGGUAAUGCUGAAUCUCAUUUUGACAUUUAAGAUAAAACUACUACUAUGUCAGGAAAAACUGAUAUUUUGGAUACACCUCUGUUCUCUUUGCACACUUUAUAAAGCCAUAACUCAACAGUAAAACUUGAGUAGUUUUUCCUGCCAUACAGUUACCAAAAAUUCUUAAGCAGAUGACUUGAAUAUAGUAUGAAUAUUGUUUAUAUUUCUGAUUUUUUUAAAAAAAGAUACUCCUGAGAUUUUCUGAAUGCAUAUAUCAAUUUAUUUUUAAUACUGAAAAACAUUAGCAGUUUUCAGUUUAAAGAUAGUGUCAAUCUGAACUUGAUCAUAGUCUUAAAUGAAUUGUCAUGACAAAGGAUAGAUAAAUAUAUCUAUUUCCUUUUACCUGAAUCAGUGUUUGAGGAUUUGGCCAAUGUUUGAACCUCUUGUGGCAGAAGAGUCAUCUAAUAUACUCAUUUUAAUGCACUUUUCUUCUUGAGCUUUCCUUAAAAAACUAUUUAUAUUUUACCCUAAUAUAGACAUUUUUGUGUGCACAUCGAGAUAUACGUAUAUACAAUUAUAUUAUUUUUGAAUUGCAAAUUCUGCAGAUUGCAAUAUGUAGAUUCAUAGUUGUGAGCAGGGGUGAAAUCAACUUACCUUUGCUUACCGGUUCGGUAGCAAUGUGAGUGCGUGGAUGUACAGAGCGUCAAAAACGGAUGUGAUAACGUUCAGGCAGGUGGGCAGAGCUGCUACCAAGCACACCUGCAAAGGUAACCAAACAGCAGGGGGGGGGAAUCCGCUGUGCCACGCUAUUUAGAUUAGCUAGAAAGCAGGGAAUCUUGCUUUCUAGCUAAUAUAAACCACAUGUCACAGCAGAUUGUCAGAAAUACCAGUUCGCCGGAAACAGUAGCAUUUAACCCCUGCUUGUGAGCCUGAUAAGUUCCUACACUAAUUGAACAAAUUUCUUUCUUAUUCCUAAACAUGGCACUCUGCCAUGUUUAUCUUACACCUGCUUAUUUCAAAGAAUGUCCCCCCCUUUUUUUGUGCUGGAACUUGCUAGCAAUGCUUUCAAUUCUGGAACAUAAUCUUUAGAAUAAACCUUAUUUCCAGAAAUUCUUUGUAAAAGAACCCUUUCUAAAGACCUUCCUGUUUGAAUGGUUCAGCAUAGUAACUUAAGAUAAAAUGACUUAUAGUUAGGGGUUCAGGCAGAUGUUUCUGGUAAGUAAGAGUUGUAUGAUGGUCAUAAUUACAGCCAGAGCAAAUAGAAUACAGUUAGUGUCACUGACAGAGCAGUGAGUAGUUUACCUGUAGUCCACAAAACCAGUGCUAAAGCAGCUACUGAUAUGUAGCAGUCCAGAGCAGAAACUUGGAAGGGCAUUGAAAAAAAUCAUCUUUUUUAAUAUUAGGAUCAACAUUGGGAUAUGCAAAGUACUGGAAGCAUCUAUUGCAGUUAAUUUUGCUUCCUCAGUGCUGCAAAUGAAUUGGGUGGUUUUUUUCUCAGUAACUACUUUUGAGGUCUUAUCUUAUCUCAAGUUUGCCUAACAGGUUCUCCUUCACUUAGUGGGUGAAUCUACCUCAGAACCGUCAGGUUUGAGUCCAAGGGAAAGCAAGGCCCCUAUCACCGAAACUGACCAUAGUCAGAAUAGGAGCAUCUUUUAGCCAGGUGCAGUUAACCUUAACUCCUUAUAUAGGCUUACAGGCACUGUAAUAGGCUGUGCUUUUUCCUCUAUUAUUGGCUCUAGAGUUUGUUGAGCUCUAGGUUUCUGGUCCUCCUAUUAUACCAAGCAGCAAAGUUUUCCUCUCUCUGCUGCCAUUAUUCUGCUGCCUUUGGCAGCUUUAUGUGAAGGCCAUCAUCAUUCCCACACAGUUCUCUCUUGCUUUAGGCUAACUUUGUUUAUAGGCAGCAUUGAGGCUACCUUAGGUGCGUCCUGGAGGCCCUGGAACUGAUUAUUGUUUUUACAACAGGAGAGACUGGAAGUUAUGGAUUUUUCUCCCUUGGGUGUCAAAAUAAUUUGAUAGUUUUGGAAUGAUAAUCCUUAACUUUGCAAGAAAGAAAAGCAGCAGGAAAUUUUGCUCUUCUGCCUCAGGUGACAAAACGUUUUGGGCUAAUGCUUUAUAUGAAUGAGAAAGUGAGCCCUCAAAUGCAUAAAUGACAAAAAGAGGAUGCCCAGUGAGAUUUACAAAGCAAAGCUGGACGUGACUUCCAAGGACAUUUUCCAGACGCUUCAGUUGACUAGUGCAGGCAAAUAGUUGCAUAGAAUAAAUGCUUAGCUGCAGAUAGGCUUAAAAGAACGUAAUUUGCCUUGCUGCAUGACCUGUUGUCCUUCCCUGCAAGUUGGAGAAAAUGCGGGUCUCAUUUCUACUGUGCUCAUAGGUAAAUAUGCCAGAAGAAGUUUAAUAAGUAUCCUGUGAUGGUCCAAUUGCCUCUUACUUUCUAGCAGAGUGCUUUAUCUGGCCUUUACUAGGUGUGGAUGCUUGGGACCUCGCUUUGUCAGGUAUCCCCCAAGAAAAGACAGCAUGUGGCCUUUUAAACAUUUCAUUAUAGGUAUAACUCAUGGAAUCCCAGGACCCUGCCAAAAAUCCCGCUGCAGGUUGCAAGGCACACAAGAUGCUCUAACAUUGGUUCUGCUACCCAGUUUGAACUGAAGGGCUGCCUUACACCACAUUCCACUCUGCCUGACCCGCCAGGAAAAACCACAGAAGUGGUAGAAAGUCCUUUUUAAGAGAAAGUUCCCUGCCAUUGCUAAUCAUACUGAGUUUCCCCAUGAAGAUCUGAAAGUAUGACAGGACUCCCAACCCAGUUUAAAAAUCAAAGUCAUCUUACCUGUUACUACAGUAUUGUAUGGGGGGGAGAGAGGGAGAACAACAAUGUCUGAUAACAAAUUUUUCAUCUUUGGUUUAAAAUGUGAGUUUUAUGUGUAAAAUGUGAAGCAAAUCUGAGCAUAGUAUCGUAACCCAUAAACCUGUAACACAGAGCCUGAUCUUUGUCACCCUAUUGAUUUAAGAUGUAUUUGCCUCAGUACAUAAAGGACUUGGCAUUAACUGGUUUUUGAGAACUAGAUAGCACCAUUUGAUUUAAAUUCUCCAUCUGAACCAUGAAACAUGUGCCUCACUAAAGCAUUGUAUACAUUCCUGAUGAUAUUUGUGGCAACUUUGAAUUUACAUACAUGAAGGUUAAAAACAAUGGUUUACUAAAUAAGAACUGUCCAGUCAAUGAAGAAAUAUGUUGUUUUGUUUUUUAAGUUAAAUACUAAAUACUGUUUUUAAGUUAUAUUUUAAGAAAAUAUAAUAAUGAAUGGCGUUGCUUCAUCUCUAAUUUAAAAGGCUACUUAUUGCAUCAUACCCUGUUUUAAAACCCACUUUCUAAAGUAGUUUAAAGGGGAUUAAAGGGAAUUAAACAAAUAAACUUGCCAACUUCAAUCCCCCAAAUUCCCACGCUGGCUGGGAAACUGUUUAAUAGGUACUAGCCUUUCUGCUAAGCAGCCAGAAUCACCUUUUUUUUCCAUUAUUUUAUUUAGAAAUUUGAAUUUCCAGAGAAAGCAAGAGCUUUCCACUCACAAAAUACCUCUGGAAGUUUUCAAAUCACGUACUGUAGCUAGGUACAGUCAAACCCAAGUGUAGAAAGACAGGCUUUGGAAUAAAUUCAGUUUUUGAAGGAUGUUGUUAAGAUCUUAACUAUCCUUUCUACUUGCAUUGGGUUGAGGUUUGAAAAUACAUUUAAAUACAGGAUGGCAGCUGGUAGAGGUGCUUCAUCUGGCCUCAAUAUAUCAAGGAGGAAAAACUUUUCUGUUGUUGGAUGAAGAAAAUAAUCAAAUCAAUCAUGUCUUAAGGAAAAAAGAACCACAGGUGGGUUCCAUUCUACCUCUAU